AAAGUUUCUGCACUCUCAAUUCCCUCCUCCUAAAAGCCUUGGAACAAGACAAACACUGACUCCAAAACCCACCAGCUUUUCUUACUUUUUGGCCAUCAUGACCUGUCUAUCAUGUGCAGUUCCACAUUUUUUCUUUGUUCCUAAUCCUUUCUCCCCUACCUCUCUCUGUUUGAAAUCAAUUUCUGUGCCUUGUGGGUAUUUUGAUUGCUUAAUCAUGAGAGAGAGUCGAAGAAAGAAAAGGGGUGUCUGGAAUGAAGUUUGAUCCAAGAUCCUUGUUUCCAUGAGAGAGAGAGAGAAAAAGAGAAAGUGAGAAAAGGGGUGUCUGGAAUGAAGUUUGAUCCAAGAUCCUUGUUUCCAUGAGAGAGAGAGAGUCGAAGAAAGAAAAGGGGUGUCUGGAAUGAAGUUUGAUCCAAGAUCCUUGUUUCCAUUUUGUUCCAUGGUUUCUAUCCCCCUUCAUCUACUGUCCUCCUUUGAGCAAGUACCUUCCUUACCUAUUACUUUGUACACAUGUUUCAAUACACUAUUAGCUAUUAGAUCACGAGAUGCGAAAAUGAUCUCGAGAACGAUCUAAUAGCUAUACGUGAAUUUAAACUUAGAUGUAUAAUAAUUUUGUUUCAAAAAUUCCUUCGGCCUUCUCGUUCGGUAAUCGAUGAACUCUUGGAUGGAUCUCGGACCAGGCUUCAUUCCUCACACAACCCUUUUCUUGAAAAAACUACGUACCCAUAGUCAAGGUAAGUACCGAGUGUACUGAGUUCCCACCUUGUAAAUCAAGUUCAGUCACUUCGAAAUCGAAAGCUACGACAAACAAAAAUACAGGUGCAAAGGGGCAUACCCCAGAACAAGGAAAUUCAAACUAAGCCAUAUAGGAUAAACAAAGCCAAGAGCAAAGAGUAACAACUCAAGGCUCAUACUAUCCAGAAAACACACAGACAUGAGACAACUAUCAAUGAGGAUCAAACACUUUUCUACAUGGUCAAGACCAAGAGUAAAACAUGGAUCAAUCAGCCUCUUUCCAAUAUCAUGUGGUAAAUAUUUCUAAGAUUGGACGCGUUUCAUGGAAUCAUGGCCAUGCAAUCGCCUUACCAUCCACGUUCUCCCGUCGCCAUGUCGACUGUUCGGAAACUAAUAGUGGAAGUGGUGGACGCACGUGACCUCCUCCCGAUAGACGGGCACGGGAAGUCGAGCCCGUACGUGAUUCUCGACUACUACGGGCAGCGGAAGCGGACCCAGACCGCUACCCGCGAUCUGAAUCCGACGUGGAACGAGGCGCUCGAGUUCAACGUCGGGAAAAAAUCGUCCGAUGUGUUCGAAGAUGUGCUCGAGAUGAAUGUUUACCACGACAAGACGCUCGGCCCGACGCGACGCAGCAAUUUUCUGGGUCGGGUCAGGCUGAGUUCAAGGCUGUUUGUAGAGAAAGGGGAGGAGGCCUUGAUUUAUUACCCGUUGGGGAAAAAGCACUUGUUUAGUUGGGUCCAAGGUGAGCUUGGGCUUAAGAUUUACUGUGUCAACAAGGUUGUUCCGCCGCCGCCGCCUCCUCCUCCUCCCUCGCCACCGCCAGCAGUGGAACAAGUGCCAGAACAAGCACCAGCCUCUGCUUGUUCGAAAGAAGCAGUGGCUGAUGCUGGGAAGUCCGACCCACCAGUGGAGGCAGCACCGGGAAAUGCAUCAGAGCCGGCGCCGCUGCCACUGUCCGAAGGUGGAAAUGUAUCAGGGUCGCCGCCACCGCCAUUGUCCGAAGGUGGUGAGAAAGCAAAUGAGGAACAAUCACUUCCGGUGCAGCAAGAAAAUGAUGCACCGGGAGGGGAAAAACCGCCAGCAUCGGACCCAACACUGGAAGAGCAAGGUAGGAAUCCAGUGGAGUUGGAACCACCGCAACCAGAUGCAUCGGCGGAAGUAAAUGCGUUUACAUCCACAAGAUCAAUUCCUAGAGUCAAUAUUUCUGGUUUUAAUGGUCCAGGUCCUAAACCCAUCCCUAGACUUUCUUCAGUGGGUAGUUUCGCAUCGGAUCUAUCAGAAACAAGCCAAAUCGAACGGUCUACGUUUGAUCUGGUCAACAAAAUGCACUACCUCUUUGUUCGGGCCGUGAAAGCCCGAUCCCUUCCCACCAGUCGUAAUCCAGUCGUCAAGAUUGCUGUCUCGGGCUGUCAAGUUCAGUCCAGACCCGCCCGGAAAACCCAAUUUUUCGAGUGGGACCAGACGUUCGCUUUCGGCCGCGAUACACCCGAUUCCUCCUCCAUACUGGAAAUCUCGGUCUGGGACGAGGCAGGGCACAAUUUCUUGGGUGGAAUUCUAUUCGAUGUAACAGAAAUUCCUCUCCGGGACCCACCCGAUAGCCCUCUGGCCCCACAGUGGUAUAGAUUGGAAGGAGGUGGAGCCCACGUCGGCGAUCUAAUGAUCGCCACGUGGGUCGGCACGCAGGCCGACGAAUCAUUUUCCGACGCGUGGAAGACCGAUACAGCCGGUAACCCCAGUUCCAGGUCAAAAAUAUAUCAAUCGCCUAAACUAUGGUACUUGAGACUAACGGUGUUGGAGGCCCAAGAUAUAUUUCCGUUACUUCCGUCGAAGGAAACUUCUCUCCAAAUCAAAGCUCAGUUGGGUUUUCAAGUCUUGAAAACCAAAACCUCCGCCACGCGUAACGGGACUCCGUCAUGGAACGAGGACUUGAUGUUUGUAGCCGCGGAGCCGUUCACGGACAACACCCUAAUAAUUUUUCUGGAACUCCGGCAACCGAAGGAAUCGGUCAGGCUGGGCGUUACUUCCGUGCCACUAACGUCCAUAGAGCGCCGGGUUGAUGACCGCCAGAUCGCAGCCAGGUGGUUCAAUUUAGAAGACCCGAACGAGGAAAAGAGGAUCUACAAAGGUAGGAUCCAUCUACGUGUAUGCUUCGAUGGUGGAUAUCACGUGAUGGAUGAGGCGGCCCACCUUUGCAGCGACUACCGUCCAACGGCGAGGCAACUAUGGAAGCCCCCGGUCGGGACCAUCGAGCUAGGGAUCGUGGGAUGCAAAAACUUGCUACCCAUGAAGACAAUCGACGGUAAAGGGUCCACAGACGCCUAUGCUGUGGCGAAAUACGGUAACAAAUGGAUACGUACUCGAUCAAUCUCAGAUAGUUUGGACCCCAAAUGGAAUGAGCAGUACACGUGGAGGGUCUACGAACCGUCCACCGUGUUGACUAUUGGGGUGUUUGAUAGCUGGGAAGUAUUCGAAAUGGACGGCAGCAAAGAGUCCGUGAGACCGGAUUUUCGUAUGGGAAAGGUAAGGAUUCGUGUGUCCACGCUGCAGGCAAGUAAAGUGUACCGAAAUUCUUACCCGUUGAUCUUGAUGACUCCCGGUGGGUUGAAGAAGAUGGGUGAGAUUGAAUUGGCCGUUCGAUUCGUCCGUGAAACCGCGACCCUUGAUUUCCUACACGUGUACUCGCAACCUUUGCUGCCGUUGAUGCACCAUAUCAAGCCGCUCGGCGAGGUGCAACAGGAGAUGUUGAGGACAGCUACCGUGAAGAUCGUGGCCGCGCACUUGGCACGAUCCGAACCGCCACUCCGGCGUGAGGUGGUGACGUACUUGCUCGAUGCUGAUUCGCACGUAUUCAGCAUGCGGAAAGUGCGCGCAAAUUGGUUCAGGAUCAUCAAUGUUGUGGCCGGGCUUUUUGACGUGGUCAAAUGGGUGAACGACACGCGAGCGUGGAAGAACCCGACCGCUACGUUACUGGUGCAUGCAUUGCUGGUGAUGCUGGUGUGGUACCCUGAUCUGAUCGUUCCCACGCUGGCUUUCUACGUGUUUGUCACCGGGGCGUGGAACUAUCGUUUUCGAUCGAAGAAACCGAUACCCCAUUUCGAUCCGAAAAUCUCGUUGGCCGAGUCGAUCGAUCGCGAUGAGCUCGACGAAGAGUUCGACACUAUGCCGACUGGUAGACCAAACGAAUUGGUGCGAGCAAGGUACGAUAAGCUAAGAAUGAUUGGGGCACGUGCGCAGAAGGUAUUGGGCGAUUUCGCCACACAAGGGGAGCGUAUGCAAUCGCUAGUUACUUGGCAGGACCCGCGUGCGACCGGCAUAUUCGUGGCACUUUGCUUCGUCGUGGCCUUGAUUUUGUACCUGGUACCGUCGAAAAUGGUCGCGAUGGCGUGCGGGUUCUACUAUCUACGUCAUCCGAUCUUCAGAGACCGGAUGCCAUCGCCCGCUUUGAACUUCUUUCGAAGAUUGCCUUCUCUCUCUGAUCGAGUUAUGUAAUCUGGUUUCCAGCAAAAUGAAGUAUGAAAUGAGUGAUAAGCAGAUUCAUACAUUACUUAAUUCCAGCUUUUCUCCUCCUUCCA